CUUGAAGUAUAUUUGGCCGUUGAGCGUAGUGUGAUGAACAGGAGCGAUAUUAUUGAAUAAAAUACACUUUGAAUCGAGAAAACAAAGUUUUUUUUUCAAUUUCACUAAAAAUAGUAACGACGAUUUGGUUUGUUGUCUGUCCUGCACAUUUGACAAAAAAGAAAAGUCAAGCAAUUUACAAAGAAAACAAAAUGAUAGAUAUACGUAAACAAUUGCCAAAUCUUUCUCACUCUCUCUCUCUUUCUCCGCGUUGUGGUGGUAUGGCGACGAUUUUUGACAACAACUGUCAGAAUCACAGCGCAUCGCUAAUGUGAACACAACGUUAGCUGAGUCGCAUCGAACGUCACUACGCUAGUGUAUAGCGAAAUAUCAGGCCUCGAUGUACAUCUGCCAUUUUUCUUUGUAAAUAUUACAAUAAAAGUAACUUAAUCUGAAUUAGGUUCCCAUUUUUAAAGUGAAUUGAAAGGUGAACGACGCAAUAUAUACCGUUUCGAAAAUGGGUGGCAAGACGAAGCAUCAACAGCGUACGAAAAAUAAUACAAAGCCAUCGAGCAGUGGCCGAUCAGCUGAAUUGUUAGCAUCAUCGACCAUACCAACGACCGUUGGCUUUGCAAAUGUGACACAGUUUGGAUUUUUGCCCACAAUGUUACAAGAUUUUACGAACGCAACAGACAGUGGAAAUGGCAUCGAGGACAUGGACUCAUCAUUGGAUACAAAUUAUCAGCUAGUGUUUCGGAAAAUGACCAAAAAAGAUCCAGUUACCAAGGUUAAAGCGCUGCAGGAGUUCAGUGAACUGAUUCUGAAGACCGAACCGAAUAUCAUCAGAACGAUUUUACCAUUUUGGCCACGAUUGUACAACAACCUAUCGACCGAUGUUGAGCAUCGCGUACGUGAGGCAGCCCAACAAGCACAAGCCGCAUUAAUGACACAGGCGGGCAAAAAUAUUGCACCAUAUUUGAAGCAAAUUGCACCCGCUUGGAUCACCAGCCAAUAUGAUACAUAUGCACCAGCUGCAAGUAUUGCAACACAAUGUUUUCAAAAAUCCUUCCCCGCCCAUAAGCUGCAAGAUGUGUUCAAUUUUUGCCAAAAUGAAAUACUCGACUACAUCACCAAGAAUUUAACCAUUUACACAGCGACAUCGUUGUCGAAUCCACAAUCGAAUACGCCCGAAGAAUGUGAAGCAAAGUAUCAGCGUGUAUUGAUUUGUAGUUUGAAGGGAUAUGCUUUGUAUUUAUCGAAAAUUUCGGCCGAAGAUAUGAAAGAGGCUUCCAAUAAAAAUACGGCUUUAAUUGAGAAUCAAAAGUUUUGGUCUUACCAAAAACACAAGAAUCCCGCCAUUCGAGCCGCCUGGUUCGAAACGGUCAGUGUAUUGCUGCAAUCAAGUGUGGACUUGACCAAAUUCGAAAAGCAAUUGGCGGUAGCUGCCUUACAAAGUAUCGAUGAGACUGAAACAGUUGUGUUGCCACAUAUUUGGACGGCCGUUCUAUUAGUUAUGCAACGAAUCACCGAAUGGCCUAACUACAUCAAUCUAGAAAAAGCGUUGUUGCCAAAACUGUGGAAGAUAUUGAAGAGUGGCGGUGCUGGAAGUGCUGAAACGAUUUAUCCGCACUUUUUGCCAUUGUUAUCGAAAUUGAAUCGUGAUAUUCUUGGCGAAAAGGUAUUUACGUUCUACGGCAAUUUCUUUGAGUAUCUCAAUGUGGGACUGCGCGCACGUUUGGCCUAUCAAGCAAACAGUCGAUCGGACAUAACGGCCAUAUCGAAUGCAUACUAUGAAUGCCUACAGUACAUUGUGAUUCAAGUUCAAGGCUUUCCAUCCGAAGCGUUUGACGAUGGCACCGACGCCAGUCAAUUCAGUUUGAAUUUAUUGCAAGAGCAUGUGAUCAACGUUAUCAGUUACCUAUUGGUGAAUGCUGCAUCCAAUAAUGGAAAAUACGUUUUGAUACGUAUGGUGGAGUUGAUUCAAUUUUGGAAUCAGACCAGAGACACAAAUCAAAUUUAUAGCCCUUUGUUGACACGAUUUUGGGGUGAACUCUAUUCAACAAUUGAAAAUUCAUUCGGCAAAACCGACGAAGAUCAAUAUCUUCGGCAAAAGCUUGAGUUAAUCCACGAUUUGGUGCAAUCAUUGCGAUCAAAAUCAGGCAAUGCGAAUAAAACGAAAUCUUCCAAAGUUAAAUUCGAAAUCGAUCCGGAAGCCGAGACCAACGAUCACGUUGAUGGCAUUGCAAAAAAAGACACAACUCAAGCGACCACAUUUUUCAAAGACGAAAUUAACGAAUUAAUUGUAAAAUUGUCUAAAUUUUAUAUAAAAAAGACAUCGGAUAGUGUUAGCGAUCAGUUUGUACGACCGUUGGAGAAUCUUUUCGCUGAAUUUGGUAGCACCACCACAUUCUUCGAACAACUUUGUGGCUCAACAGCGAAUAUACCGAAAUUGUAUGAUAAAUUCGCCAGUUGGUUACUGCUCAAGGAAAUUCGUUCGGAAAGCGUGCUUGAUAUUACUUUAAAGUUGUACCCACAUUUGGAUGUAAACGAAAAAUCCAAGCUAUUGAAUAAAUUGGUGAAAUUCCCGAAUGAAAGUGUCAAAAAUUGGACACUAUCACGAUUAUUGGGCCACCCAUUAUGCACUGAACCGGAAGUGCUGCGAAUGCUAUCGCAACCGAUUGUAACCGCGCAGGUCAUCAAGAACGCUCAAGAACUGACCACCGGCCAUGCCACCGAGGCCAUCAAUUUGAUGCACAAGUGCUUUUUCCAAACGGAAAGUGGUGAUAUUUUGAUUGACAACAAAACCUGCGAAAGCAUCAUUGAAAUUCUAUGCAACGCAUUGGCCGAUAAGAAUGUGAGCGAUAAUGUUCUGGAUACAUGCGUUAGUUUUCUGUCACAAGUGAUGCCGGUCAUUUGUGGUGACGAGCAAAAGGGAAAAAUUCGCGAUAUUAUGUUUGUGAAACUAUUUGGAUUGUGCGUUGACAAGGGUCGCCUGGCCAUGCUAAAUGAAGACACACUGUGGGAGGCGGUUACAUCAUGGCAAGACGCACUCUCGAGCAAUGACAUUGAACUGACGGACGAAUUACUCGAGACGUGUGCUGGAAUAAUCAAGGAUAGCUUGGAAGCCGCUAUACAAGAUCAAACCAUUACAAUCAAUCAUAUUGAAUCGAUUUCAGAGAUAUUAUCAAAGUUGAUUUUGUGCUCGGUGGAACGUUUCGAUGAUGAUGACGAGCAAAAAUAUCAAAAUGCCGAUAAAAUCAUUGAAUGUGUGUUCUCCAAGAUCAAUGCUCAGUACAAUGAGUAUUUGAAUGGCUGCCUACAGGCGUGUACAUUUAUCGAAUUGUUAAACGGCCACAUGACUGCAGUGUCAACCAUUUUGCCGCACUUGAACAACGAUUUGGGUGUACUUGAUGUGUAUAAAAAUGCCAACGCUUUGCUUAAACUCGCCACAUUCAAAUUCAGAGCGGUUUUCAAGAUCACGUGCACUGUUCCCAAGAGCCGCAAAAACAGCGAAAGCGAAAAUGAAGAUGACGAAAUCGAUACGGAAAAGCCCUUAGAUGAAGAACAUACCGAAGACUUUUUCGAUUUGAAUGAAUCAUUGAUGAAAAAAUGGUCCAGUAAAAUUUAUGACGAAAUUCAUGGAGCCAUUUACUUGGGUGGAUUAUUUAACAGUUUUCUGGAGAAUUUCAAUUUGUCAUCGACAUUUGAAGAGUUUAUUCUACACUUCCAAGAAACGAUUCGACUGUUUUUGACUCACAUUUCGGAGGAGAAUGUUGACAUUAUUGUAAAACACUGGAUCAAUGCCGAACGACUCGACGAUCCAUUUUCAGUGAACAGCACUUUACUGCUUCAAGAGAUUGGACCAUACAAGGAUCAAGAGAAUUGCCUCGCCUUACUUCACAAUGAUCUUACCAAAGUUUGCAAUGGAACGGAAAACUUACAGCAAUACAUCAAUGUGUUGUUAGCGUACACACAGAAAUUGUCACCUCGACAAUUGUCGAUGAGUGCGAAUAUAUUCGGUAGUUCAGUUGAACCGCAUCAAAGAGCCAUUGGUCUGCGAUGUCUCUUGAAGAAUUACUUUACGACGAAUAAUAACGAAAUGGGCGAUCAGCAAAUCGUUAACGAAUGCCUAAAUCUUGUUGAAGAACUUUACGUACAAUCGAAAACUAAUAAGGAAUUUUUGCUUUAUAAUGAAAACAUUUCGACAAUUGACACUGAAAAAAUCCUUCAAAUCACCGAGUUCGUUCGAUUUCUAACCGAUGUGAUUCAAACAUUCCCUGGAAACAUCACAGAGAAAGGCUGGGAUUUUAUUCGAAUCGCUAUCAGCUCAUGGGUUUUAACAUUAUCGAAGAGCAGUGACAGUUGGAAGAAUCCAAAGAUCGCCGUAUUCACAUCAGCAAUUUACAAAAUGUUUGAAGUUUUUUAUGAAUUUAUCGCCGAAGAACGUAUCAAGAGUUCCACAAGAACUGUGGCCCAAGUGAUUGAUGAAUGGGAGCACGUUUUUGCCAAAGAUGUAAAUCUGAUUUUAUUGAAAUGCUUCAUGAGAUUCAUUCAAGCAAAUGCACCGGCCAGCGACAAUCGUCAGGAGUAUUUCUUGAAAAUGUUGAGCCAUUCAAUAAAUCAAGUGGACUUUAAACACGUUGAGGUGGCCCAUAAAAUCGAUUCAAAGACCAGUAUCGAUGACCUGAUACAAUUUGCUUUGAUCAAUUUAUCACACGAAUACCACACGGUUCGAGUGACAUGCGCCAAAAUCAUCGAAAGAAUAUCAAAAUAUCUUAUUCAGACGGAUACCGAGCAGCUAAGCAAACGGCAAGAUAAACAAACUCUCGACGAUUCAACCGAUUCUGUGGAAUGGCAUUUUCUACAAAAGUUCCACAGUGUAUUGGCCAAUCAAAAUGAGUGGACGCAACAAUUCAUCGAGGAAUUUAACUUCAAAUCCACCGAAUUGGACGAUUUCAGUGAAAUUCCGCCGGAAAAGUCGACACCAUUCCUGUUGCUUUGGCACUGUGUCCUCACCAUCUGUGAUGCUGCACCAUCUGAACUACGAUCCACAUACGCUGCUUAUUUGGUGGAAGAGAAAUUCGAUCAAACAUUUUUGGAAAUGCUCUUCCGAAUGAUGCCAGCCGAAGUGUUGCGCAGCCAAGAGGUCAAAGCCGCUGGAUCAGCUUAUUUUGCGCCAAUCACUUGGCAGCAAAUUGUCAACGAUGAAAUUACACCCAAACGGUACGCAUGCUAUCUGUACACAUUGGCACUGAAAUAUUUGCCGGCAGUGGUUCGUCAUUGGUGGACUAAUUCACAUCCUCGUCAAAAGUCACUGGUCGACAAAAUUACCACUGCAUUCGUUUCAACACAACUGUGCAACGAUGAAUUGCGUGCAUUGUUGGAUAAAAAGGAGAAACAAAAUGAUUCAUUUCAAAUUGCUGUGCACACAUCAACACGCGAAGUGCAUGCAACAUAUGUCAUCGAUGAGGCUCGCAUGGAAUUAGUUAUUCAGUUGCCUUUGAAUUUCCCACUUGGCGUUGUAAAAGUCAAUUGCGGUCAACAAAUCGGCGAUAAACUCCAGUCUCGAGUGGUUGUCAUGCAAUUGUCUAUCUUUUUAACACAUCAAAACGGUUCCAUUUGGGAUGGUCUAUCGUUGUGGAAGAGAAAUCUUGAUCGGAAAUUUGAUGGUGUAGAGGAAUGUUACGUUUGCUACAGUGUUAUUCAUCAAGAGACUUGCCAAUUGCCGAAACUCACAUGCAAAACGUGUAAAAAGAAAUUUCACGGCCAAUGUUUGUACAAGUGGUUCAACACAAGCAAUAAAUCAACAUGCCCGAUAUGUCGGAAUAUGUUUUAAGUUAUUUGUAGAUAACAUAAAAAUUGUAUUGAAUGCGCACAAAGCUCAGGUACCGUUCAAAAUUAAUGAAAUGAAAAAAGGAAAAGUCAAUAACAUUGCAGAUAAAUAAAAGCAAAAUUAAUUUCGUAUCGACUUGAAGCAGUGUAAAUAAAUCAAAUGAUAGUAAUAAAAGGAUUUUGCUGAAUUAAGAAAAAA